AUGUCUGGCACAGCCUCUUCUCCUAUUUCUCCUGUUUCUUCUGGAUCUUCUGUGCUAAAUGUAUCAGAGGAGAAAACUAAUGGCACGAAGCUAAUGCGACUGCUGGUUGACGGAGGAACACACGUUCUACGCAAUUUAUUGCAUUCUGUCUACCCGACGGAUAAAUUACAAGUCGUAUUAAACAACAACGAGAAAAAGCUUCGACGGCUAUGUUCACAAGGUGUAAUAUUUAAAAACCAAUGGAAAAUGUUAUUUCCUGUCUCCGGUGACCCACCGGACUCGAAAACGUUUGAUAUUACACUUUUACAUUUUUUGCUUCGCGAAUUUUGCAACCUUUCAAAGCCUCCAACCGGAUGGCACAACUUGCCUGCAGACGAUGAUAAUAGCCUGGAGGCAAACCUCGUCCGAAUAAAAUGCUUAAGAAAUGAGCUGUGCCACAGGGUCUCUACAGGAAUUGCAAACGUUGAUUUCGAGGACAAGUGGAGCAAGAUUGCGUCUUGUUUAGAGGAAAUUGAGAUCUAUGUUCUACGGAAGAGACACGUAGAGGAAAUGGAAGCGCUGAAGAACGAUCCCAUCGAUCACGAUACAAAGCGAAUUUUGGAGGAACUAGCCGAAGAAUGGAACAAAAUACAGGAACAAGAAAGGAUUCACUCGUCAAGUUUUAGCCUCCGCAGCUGUCUACCGGACAGAAUACCGGAAGAAGGUGUAUUUGGCCGCAACCAAGAAAUAGAGCGUGUCAAGAAAAUGGCCGAGGGUGGAGAUGUCCCUGUUGUCCUGGUUACUGGUGGACCUGGAUUUGGAAAGACGACUGUGGCUAAAAGAGUGGCUCAUGAGUUAGCAAAAUCAGAGAACGAAGGUACUGUGCUAUUUUGCAGUUUACUAACGAAGACAAAUUUCAACGAAGUGGCCGUAGAAAUGAUCAACUCGUGUGGUACAAUCAGCACGCAGGUGCCAGAGAAUCCGGGGCAGUGGCUAAGAGAAUGGAGCAAACAAGUCCAAAACCAGGUCACGUUUGUUCUUGACAAUGCAGAUAGCGUCCUCGAGUCGAGCGAUCGAGAAUCAUUUAUAAGCAUCUUAUCUGACGUAAGAAGGUUAUCGAGGCAAAAGGUAGCAUUUGUCAUAACUGCAAGGAAAACAUUUGAGAAUCCCGACUUGCAAUCUCGCGAAGUCAGGUUGGGCCCUUUAUCCGCCGAACAUGCAAAAAGUCUCCUUAUUUCUAGGGUGCAAGUCUAUGAAGAUGCUUCGCAGAACCUUUCCAGGGCAGAUUACAUCGCCAAAAAUUUAUGUGGCUGCGUUCCUCUGGCACUUUGCAUCGUUGGAUCCUUGCUAUCAGACUAUUCUGAAGAAACGCUCAUAGAAAGCCUUCAAAAGGAACCAUUAGUGGUUCUAGAGGACGACCAAGGAUCUGUUGAAAAGGCCAUUAAGACUUCGUUUGAUCUUUUGAAGAAACCCGAACAAGAGGCUUUCAUCCUCCUAUCUUUGUUUCAAGGUCCAUUUGAUAUUGAUGCAGUCCAAGCUGUGACGAAGGCGAAAAGUUCGAUUUCUGGGGCUUUAACUAUCUCCAUCCUGCGCUCCUUAAAAGACAGAUCUCUUGUGGAGAAGCCCUUUCCGCGCAGAUAUCAGAUGCAUCCGCUCAUUCAGUUAUACGCAAAGAAGAUUGGUCGAGAUCAGUUUGACAAACUUUUGGCAGUGGGCGAAAAACUGGCUUGUGUACACUUCAUGUUGCGCCUCGCGAAGAAUGCCAAUAUUUACUGGAGUAAGGACACAUGCAAGGAUUCCCUUGUAUCAUUUCAAGAAGACAAGUACAAUUUCGAAUAUUUUCUUCAAAUUUAUGCCCAAGGAAGGGAAGAACAAGAUCCAGAGAUCGUGAAAGGCUGUGAACUCUUUCUGGACAGUUUUCCUCAGAAAUGCAUGUAUUUGGAAAGAUGUCUUCACCCAAGAUUCUACACUAAGAUCCUUGAAAGAUUAUUGAAAACUUUUGACUCUGGAAUCCAACCUGUGUGUGUAGUAGAUCUUUUGUGUCUUGUUGGUCAUGAAUACAGGAAAAAAGGAGAACAAGAGAAGUACAAAGAGGUCAUGGAUGAAGCAGAACAAAUUCGUUUGGUGAGUGACGCUGCAUUUGCAACGAAACCGCUAUCAGAAGUCUAUUUUCACAACAGCAAUGCUCGCUUCCUUUCAUCUAAAAAAGAUGUCAAAGAGAACAAACGAAUGGAAGAGGAGAGUGCAAUGGCUCUGAAAAUAUCCGAUGAACAGCUUCAUGAUCACCCGCAAAGAGCAGCAACUCUCCUCUUUUUAGGAAAUACUUUAAACUGCCUUAAGCAGGGCGAUGUAGCCAUAAAACGGUUUAAAGAAGCGUUGGAACUCUUUCAAAAGAGCCUUGGGAAACAUUUUAUGACUGCUUUAACCCUGAAGACCACUGGAGACCACUUCUUCUCUCUUGCUCAAAAGUCCGAAGUCGACUUUAAAGUCUGCCUUGAGUAUUAUAAAACUGCUUUGGAAAUGUUCGACAACCUAGGAAUGGGUGGAAGCAAAGAAAGUAUCUUGACGCUAAAGAAUGUUGGAAUUUGUCACAUGGGAAGUGGGAAUUUUGACGAGGCAAUGGAUCUACUCUCGAAGGCAGAGCAAAUUGCCGAACGAGAGUUAGAGGAGGUCCAUACUUGGAAGUUCCUUAUUAAGACUUCACUGGCCCUCUUGCUCGAGAAGAUGAAUAAAGUAAAGCAGGCGAUAGACGUGAUGUACGAGGCACUGGUGCUGGGCAAAAAAGUGAAUAGAACUACAGACAAAAUGGGAAGAAACCAUGGAGUUAUAGAAUUUCUAAACCGGUAUCCAGAGAAGUUCCCCGUGACUGAAUUCCCAAGUAAGUAA